AUGUUCUGCGUGAUCCAUCGGUACGCAGACAACCACGAAUGCAAUUUUGAUUACCGGACAGCUGCUCGGGAUUCGAUCUCAAAAGGCGAAUCCUGUCGUUGA